AUGGGCUUCAGCCCAGUCAUGCCCAAAGCACAGACGGACGCCAAAGAAUAUGUCACAGGAAGCAGACUAGAGGCACUGCCAAAAAAAGCAAAGCCAGGAGUAUGUCCUAUAUUCAAUCUUGAUGGAACAGUGUUAAAACCAUGUUUGAAGUUGUGUUUCCUUGACCGUAACUGUCCGGAUGAUGAGAAAUGCUGCAGCAAUGGAUGUGGACGACAGUGUAUGCCUCCAUAUAAAGCAGAAAAGCCAGGAGUGUGUCCAAAAAUAUAUCCUGAAGAUGACAUGUUAGGAGAUUGUGCUGAGUUGUGUUCCCAAGACGGUCAAUGUCCGGAUGAUGAGAAAUGCUGCAGCAAUGGAUGUGGACAACGGUGUAUGCCUCCAUAUAAAGAAAAGCCAGGAGUGUGUCCAAAAAUCCAAAUAUUAGGGGUGUGUGAGGAGUUGUGUUCCCAAGACGGUGACUGUCUGAAUGAUGAAGAAUGCUGCAGCAAUGGAUGUGGACAUCAGUGUAUGGCUCCAUCUAAAGUUAAACCAGGAGUGUGUCCAAGGAAAGCACUUGGAAUAGGAUUGUGUCAUGUGCUUGAGUGUGUCGACGACAUUGACUGUCCGAACGAUGAGAAGUGUUGCAGCACUAAAUGUGGACGUGAAUGUACACCUCCAUUUAAAGUGAGGUCUGGUCUAUGUCUCAAACCAAAUGUGUGCUGAUAACUCUUCCCAUGAUGAUCCGUAUCCUGCCAGACAGAAGUGUUGCCCAACCACCUGUGCAUAAAGCUAACUAUGCCAGUUUAGCCAUUGGGGAAAAAAGUAUUUAUUCAUUUUUUU